CGUAUUGUUUUCCAUCAUAAGUCGGUGUUUUUCUGGUAAUCUCCAGGAUAUUUCACAGAAAGAGAAGUUUUCCCAGCUAUUUCCUGGGAAAAUGGGUGACAAAGACGAUGCAGUGACUUCAGGGACUCCUCUGGCGCAUGCAGAUGCAAAGAAAUCAGACUGUCCGGGAGUCUUCAGUGCGCCCACGAAAUGUGUCAAGAGUGCCAUGGAUAUUCCGGCCUGGGAGCAAUCGGAGGCUUAUCACGAACUCAUUGGAUUCAUAAAUUCAGUCAGCAUGUCCAUUCAGGGCAAGAAGAUUUCGGCAGAAGUUCCCAAGUCGGCAGGAGUUGACAAAGUUCUUCAGCUCUUCGUCAAACUGAACGUCCUGGUUGACGACACUCCACCUGUAGAUCAACCCCAGCGCUUCGGGAAUGUGGCGUACAGAUCGUGGCAUCAGAAGAUGAGAGACAAUGCUGAGGAGAUGCUCUUGAGCGUCCUUCCAGAGGAGAAAAAGGGGGCAAUUGUGGAGAUUAUGGCAUACUUUGUAGACUCCUUCGGGAACUCUACGAGAAUUGACUAUGGCACUGGCCAUGAGCUGGCCUUUGUCUUCUUCCUGUGCUGUCUCUUCAAGCUGGGAGUGUUUGAGAGAACAGAUCAGACAGUUGUGGGUUUGCAGGUGUUCGACAAGUACCUGAUCUUCGCCAGGCGCCUCCAGACGACAUAUCGAAUGGAACCGGCCGGCAGUCAUGGGGUCUGGAGUUUGGAUGACUAUCAAUUCAUCCCCUUCAUCUGGGGGAGUGCUCAAUUCGCCAUGAACAGCCCCAUCGAACCUGCCCAGUUUCUGGACGAAAAUGUUAUUACGCGCCACAAGAAUGACUACAUGUUCAUCAGUUGCAUCGAUUAUAUCCAAAAAGUGAAGACUGGUCACUUUGCUGAGCACUCCAACCAACUGUGGAGCAUCUCAGCCGUACAGAGCUGGUCCAAGAUUAACUCGGGCCUCGUGAAGAUGUACCAGAAGGAAGUGCUGGCCAAAUUUCCUGUCAUUCAGCACGUCGUUUUCGGAUCUCUCAUGGCGUUCAAGCCAGUGAAGCCGGGAACGCUGCUCUCCUCCGUGAGAUUGGGCUUCAUACCUCGUCCUCAAGCGGCCAGACUAGAUCCUCCCAAGUAAUUUUGUGAUGCUGAUAGGAAAAUCUGAGACUAAAAGAUGAUAUUCAGAUAAAGCGGUCUUUUUUCAUAGAAAGUUUAUUCUAGUCAUCGCGAGAGGCGCUGCUGUACGUAGAGAGGGCU